AUGCUCAUCACUAGUGGUAUUAGAUGGAUCUAUUGCACAAGCUGGGACCAGCUAAAGCACAUACUUUGGCAAACUAGCACGAAUACGGGUCUAGGAGAACUAGUACAACUAUGCGAUUACGGCCAAGUUCAACAGCACCGAUCAUCUGCCCUUCCCUUGCGUCGGCUGACUUACAAGGCUCUUGACGACAUCCCUCUUCUCAUCGACCCUACCUCCGAACUGUCUCGUUUGUCCACCGCCCUGAGUCCGCGCGCUAUAUCGAUGGGCACUGCACUCGAUGCGAAUUCAGAGAUCGACGACUCUCGCUCCCAGGUGGAAAUCUCCCACAUCGAUGGCGCGACUGUGGUGAACGAAACUCUAGAAAGCUCUACCACCAAGAUCAUCACUCCAACAGCCGAGGAGCAGACGGACGCUCGCCUGAUACAGACUCAUUGGCGCAGCGCCAUGCAGCGCCAGAAGGAUCGCGAGGCUACAAAAGGAAUCGCUGCGACGAGGGGACGUUUGUUCCUGGAAUAUUUUUCCCGUUCGAAGGCCAUCAAUUGGGGAAAACGAAGCGACCGCCAUGUCUUCCUAGGGGCGCUUCCGCAUAUCUUACUCUCGGUCGACUGGGUUAUGGAGAGAGCCAAGGAGAUGAAAGAGUUGGCGAAGAAGCGCAGGGAAGGUGCCUCGUAUAGGGAGUUGGAACAAGCUAUGGAGUUGCAGACCAAAGCGAGGCAAGAAGCUAUAAUCCACGGGAUCCUCAAAUGCAGCAAGAAUAUACGCGACCUAAUCCAGCCUGACGCGACCCAGCAUGCUACUGGGGUCUUGGAUCUUGUCGCGUUACGGGCUCAUUGCGAAGAUGUAAAGGGUUUACUGGGGGAGCUUGGGCUGGGAUCCAAAGUCCGCAAAGACUUGGACAUCGCAUACGACAUGGUAAAUGGUUCAUUAGAGCGGGAGGGGCAGAAGGUUGGGAUCAGACAUGGUCGGAAGAUGCAGAGGCCGUUUUUGAACACGGAGGACCUUUGA